AUGGCUAUCCCGGACUUCAUCGGUACCCCCCUAUUCCAUUUCGCAUGCACGGCGUUAGAGAACGCGGAUUACCGUGAAAUAUUGAUGUGCAUGCCAGAUGAUGAGAAUGUAGUCGGUUGGCUUGCACAAUUGCAGGUUUCGAAAGGCCUGACUCAUCGACAAAUAAUGUUGAAAGGUCAAAGUAGCAACUAUAGAAAUUACGAUGAUGUAAUCAUCGAACUCGCCGAGGAAGAAGAAGACAUACAAAAAAGCAUAAUCAGUGACGCUGCGCAGCAUGCAAUGGAAUAUUACAUGAAGUACAUGGAGAAGAUCCCAUGCCGAACUUCUAUUCUGACCGGUCGUGCCUGGAUUCAAGAAUUGUUUGAUGGGCACGUAGGCAGACGCGAACAAAAUUUGCAUAUGCCACUGUGUGUGUUUCAAGCGUUGUGUGACACAUUGCGAAGCGACUUCGGUUUACGGGUACCUACAAGACCCCAUGGAUUACAUAUUGAAGAAAGUGUCGCGAUGUUCAUCCAUACGUUGGACGGUUGUAGUAACCGAAAACUUCAGGAACGAUUUCAACACUCAGGAGAAACUGUGUCACGACAUUUCCAUGCAGUGUUAGAAGCGAUGAAGUUGUUCACAGAAGUGCAUUGUAAGCCCACCCGAGAUAAAAAUAGUAGGCAUCCAUAUUUGCGAUCCAGAGGAAAAUACGUGCCUUUUAAGCAUUGUAUUGGAGCGUUGGACGGUACUCAUGUAGAAGCCGUGUUGCCUGCCCGUGAUGCCGGCACAUACUACGGUCGUAAAGGAUAUCCAACACAAAACAUACUAGCAGUAUGCGACUUUGACAUGUGCUUCAUUUUCAUAUCUUGUGGUUGGGAAGGAAGCAUGCAUGACAGUCGCAUCUUCAAUGAAAUAACUGAGAACGCACAUGCACCGUUCCCGCACCCCCAAGAAGGUAAAUAUUACCUUGUGGAUGCGGGAUAUGCAAACAAGAAAGGGUAUUUGGCACCAUACAAAAAAUCCUGGUAUCACCAGGCACAGUUCCGGGAUCAUGGACGGCCCGAUAACCCAAGAGAAUUGUUCAACGAGGCGCAUGCAUCAUUGAGGAGCGUGGUGGAAAGAACAUUUGGAGCGUGGAAAUCGCGCUGGAAGUUCCUGCAUAACAUGCCCGACUAUGAUUUUGCGACGGUGCAGGUGCCAUUGGUUGGUGCGUCAAUGGCCUUACACAAUUUCAUCCGUAGGCACGAGAUAGCUGCUAAUGCACACAAUGAACAUAUAAGAUGUUGCUCUGUUCCGGAUGACAUGCCCACUGCAGAAGGAGGAGAAAAUAUGGAUGAUGGCCUCAUGGUGGGGGAUACGGAUGUAGAUAUGGCCAGAGUUCGCGUGCGGAUCCGUGACCAUUUGUUUCAUAUACGGAAUCAAGGACUAUUGUGAAAUGCUUGUUAUCUAAUGUAUGUGUUUGUGUAAUUUGUAUUUCGGCAUUGCAAUGUGACUGUAACAAAUUACUUAUAUUUGUAAUUUGUGUACGAACGAUGU